GCUCGCAGGUGCUGCUCUCUACUCCUUGGCGAGGUCCUCUUUGAAAGUUUCCUCAUUUCGUUUCGGGUUAUUGUCAAAUGCAAUAAUGGCGUAGAAGAGCGUAACCGUGAGUGCGUGUCGUGUAAUGCCAUCACGGAUGCAUCUCAAUUGAUACAGAGCCCCCAUACCGGACAUAAUUAUGCCUCGUAUCCCGCGCAUCGCCCCCAUUUGAAUCCACCGUACCUGUCUCUUCUCUACCCUAUAUUGUUAUAUUAAAUUAUUUGUGUGUGUGUAUGUGUAUGUUUUUUAUUUGUUGUUGUUGUUUGUUGUUGUUAUUGCCAUGACCAGUGUCGUUUUUUUGCUUGGUGCAGCUUUAUUCGGGUCAGUCAAGUUGGUGCAAACGGCGGAACUUGUCAUCCACAUUCCGGGCAAUUUGGGCCAAGAAGGGGUGAUUUACCGCCUGGACUACUACCCCCCUUUCGGCCACCCCGCCCCCAACACCACCAUCGCCUCCAAAGACAUCCAGGACGUGAUCAAGUUCUCGCAAGCCUUACCAGGCACCAAGUACGACUUCAGGCUCUAUUACUCCAACUCCACGCACAAUACGCUCACCUGGACUGCGAAUUUUACAACCGUCCCGGACCCGCCCUCGAAUCUCUCGGUUAGCGUCCGCAGUGGUAAAUCUGCGGUGAUUUCGUGGAGUCCGCCAACACAAGGCAGCUACUCCAGCUUCAAACUCAAAAUCAACUGUCUGAAUAACGUACCAGAGGCCAAACCCCAAACUCUGACAAUUGACCAUGUUGAUAACAACUCCUACCUCCUCAAGGAGCUCACACCGGGGGCCACCUAUCAAGUGCAAGCGUUCACGGUGUUUGAAAAUAAGGAAAGUGCAGCCUACACGUCACGAAAUUUUACUACAAAACCGAACACUCCGGGGAAAUUUAUCGUGUGGUUCCGGAACGAGACAACUUUGCUUGUUUUAUGGCAGCCCCCUUAUCCUGCCGCUAUUUACACGCAUUAUAAAGUCUCAAUUGACCCUCCUGAUGCUAAUGACAGUAUACUGUACGUGGAGAAAGAGGGUGAGCCUCCAGGGCCGGCUCAGGCGGCCUUUAAGGGCUUGGUGCCAGGCCGGGCUUACAAUAUUUCGGUACAAACGAUGUCAGAAGAUGAGAUUUCGGCACCUACCACUGCUCAAUACCGAACUGUGCCUUUAAGGCCCUCCAAAAUAACCUUUAGACUCGUUACUUCGUAUUCGUUUGAAGUCCACUGGGAGGAACCCAAUGGUAAAAGCAUUCAUACCGCCAAAAAACACGCAGUUGUAAGUGAGUUCGAUAAAUACCACGUUUUUGUGGGAACGACGAAAAGUAAGCAACAGAUCACGAAAAUGCGCGACGAUCCCACGUUUUACGAGUUCAGCGAAAACCUAGACCCUGGAAAAACCUACAGUGUGACUGUUAAAACAGUCUCUGGGAAAGUCUCCUCCUGGCCUGCUACGGCCGAAGUGACUUUAAAGCCGCUUCCUGUGAUGCAUGUGCAUGCCGAAAGUGAUAUUAAAAACGGCAUUGUUAACAUAUCAUGGAGUCCGAACCCGCACAGCUUCCAGGACAACUACUUGGUGUCGUACCACGAAGUCGAGAGUUCGACCGGUGAUAGUAACAAUAUAAAGACAAAUAACAAGACCAAAAUAACGCUCGAUACGCUUCUGCCUGGUCGGAAUUAUUCACUCAUUGUCCAAGCGCUCUCUAAAGAUAUGGAGUCGAAUGAGAGUUAUCUCUAUGUGGUUACACAACCAAGCGCGCCCAUAAUUGAAGACCUCAGACCCAUGGUCGAUGGUCUCAACAUCAGCUGGAAGAGCGAUGUCAAUUCACGCCAAGACAAAUACGAAUUACACUGUGUCCGGAACGACACCAAUGAUAAAAUUAUAAGGACAACCCAUGACUCCAGGAUAAUCCUCUCGAAUCUUUACCCGGGAGCUGGCUAUCUGAUCAAAGUUUUCGCCAUUUCGCACGGCCUGAAGAGCGAACCCCACGAGUAUUUCCAGCCAGUUUUCCCCCGUCCGCCCAAGAACAUGACAAUCGAGAAAACCACGACCACUUCGGUCCUGGUCCAGUGGCUGGCCCCCACCGAUUCGCUCAUUUCCGAAUACGCUAUUCGCUACCGCACCGACACCAAUAGAAAUUGGGUGCGAUUACCAGCAGUCCAGAAUACAGAAGCCGAAGUUACCGACAUGACUCCCGGCGAACGGUACACGAUUCAAGUGAAUACAGUUAGUUACGGUUUGGAAAGUAACGAACCACAACAAAUGAAUCACACAGUUCGACCAAAUCCAGCAUCAAACAUUGCACGUUUGGUUGAUUCGAAUAAUGUGACUCUGGAAUGGCCACGUCCUGAAGGAAGAGUCGAAACGUACGUUGUUCGAUGGUGGGAAUCCGGGAACGAAUCGGAAAUCUACUCCCGGAAUGUGAGUCAGAGCGAGAAUGGAACUGGGCCUGUGAGACUACUGGUCAGUGAUUUAAUGCCAGGGGUUGAGUACACGUUUGAUAUCAAAGCGAUUUCGAAUGGAUUGGAAAGUGACAAGACGGUGUUAACAAUCAGGACAAUGCCUUUGAUCCAAUCAGAAGUCGUGGUGGUGACCAAUCAACAAUCGACAGACACUAUAAGUUUGAGGUAUACACCGACUCCUUCAGCUUCGUCCAAGUUCGAUUUUUACCGAUUUUCACUGUCGGAUACUAAUAUUCCUGACCAGGAAAAAGCCUGGAAUGACACGGACCGAUUUGUUACUUUCACCGGAUUAGUGCCAGGCCGACUGUACAAUAUUACAGUAUGGACGGUCAGUCAAGGGGUCGAAAGUCAGCCCUUGCAGCGCCAGGAUAGACUUUACCCAGAACCCAUCACCGGCAUCAACGCGACCUCCAUCUCCGACACGGAAAUAACCCUCUCCUGGGCGUCCCCACGUGGCGAAUUCAACGCCUUUGAAGUCCAAUACCUCACCUUCGAAAACACCCUCAUCCACAACCUCACCCUCCAGAACACCAUCACCAUCACCGAGCUCAAACCCCACCGCAACUACACGUUCACAGUGAUGGUGCGAAGCGGCACCGAGUCGAGCAUUUUGCGCCAAUCAAGCCCAGUUUCGGGCAUUUUCACGACCAAGGAAUCGGUCCCAGGCCGAGUGGAACGUUUCGAACCCUUCGAUAUCCAACCCAGUAGCAUUUCCUUCGAGUGGUCGCUCCCUCAGACCGAGCAGAACGGCGUCAUCCGCAAGUUCACCAUAACUUACGGACUGGAAGGCUCCUCCAACACACAAUCACUCGACUUCAAGCCGAACGAAUUCAAGGGAAAAAUCCGGCAGUUAUUACCCGGGAAAACCUACGUUUUCCGCAUCCAAGGGGAGACGAAAGUCGGGUUUGGACCUGAGAGAGUCUGGAAGCAGAAAAUGCCGAUCCGGGAACCCCCCGUUCCGAAUUCGAGGGCGGUCCCGACCGAAGUGCGCCGAAGCUCCACGACGAUUCAAAUUCGGUUCAGGAAGAAUUAUUUCAGUGAUGUGAACGGGCCUGUGACCACAUAUGCCAUUAUUGUGGCGGAGGAUUAUUCGAAAAAUGCCUCUGGGUUGGAAAUGCCCAGCUGGAGGGACGUUCAGGCGUAUUCUGUGUGGCCGCCGUAUCAAGUUUCGGAGCCGUAUUUUCCGUUCUUUAACAGUUCGGUUGAGGAUUUUACGAUUGGGGCCGAAAGUUGCGACAUACGACAAGUGGGGUAUUGUAAUGGAGCGCUCAAGAGUGGGUCCACUUAUCGGGUGAAAAUACGGGCUUUUACAGCGCCUGAUAAGUUCACUGAUACGGGGUACAGUUUUCCCAUUCAGACAGAUCAAGACAACACGAAUAUAAUACUCGGAGUUUUGAUUCCACUGAUCCUCUUCGGCAUCCUCUUCUUGGUUAUCAUCUACAUAAGACGGAGAAGAUCAGCUCGGAAGGCCACCGACACGCGGACAAACGACAACAUGUCGCUUCCGGAUUCGGUAAUUGAGACCAGUCGACCGGUCCGAAUCGACAGCUUCGCCAACCACUACCGACUGAUGUCGGCCGAUUCGGACUUUCGGUUCAGUGAAGAGUUCGAAGAACUCAAGCAUGUGGGGAGAGACCAACCGGCGACUUUUGCCGACCUGCCCUGCAACAGGCCGAAGAACCGCUUCACAAACAUCCUGCCCUACGACCACUCAAGGUUCAAACUCCAGCCAGUGGACGACGAAGAAGGGUCCGACUACAUCAACGCCAACUAUGUGCCGGGCUAUAACUCCCCGCGCGAGUUUAUAGUGACCCAAGGGCCGUUACAUUCAACCCGUGACGACUUCUGGCGGAUGGUUUGGGAGUCGAACUCAAGGGCUAUUAUCAUGUUGACACGGUGUGUGGAAAAAGGGCGCGAAAAGUGCGACCAUUAUUGGCCCUACGAGUCCAUGCCUGUGUACUAUGGGGACAUUUCGGUGCAAAUUUUGAACGAAACUCGGUAUCCUGACUGGAACAUUUCCGAGUUCAUGGUGUGUCGGGGUGACCAACAGAGGGUGAUCCGCCACUUCCACUUCACCACGUGGCCUGACUUCGGUGUCCCGAACCCCCCUCACACCCUCGUACGUUUCGUCCGUGCGUUUCGGGAGAGAGUGGGUUCGGAUCAACGCCCGAUUGUUGUCCACUGCAGUGCCGGAGUGGGCCGUUCCGGCACGUUCAUUUGCCUGGACCGCAUCCUGCAGCAGAUCCUCGUUUCGGACUACGUGGACAUCUUCGGUAUCGUGUACGCAAUGCGUAAGGAGCGUGUCUGGAUGGUACAGACCGAACAGCAGUACAUUUGCAUCCACCAGUGCCUUUUGGCCGUGCUGGAGGGCAAAGAACUGUCCGGAUCACCGCGUGAAAUUCACGAAAAUCAAGGAUUUGAAGAAAUGGUAACACACUUGUUUAGUCGAUGUAAAAAGCUGCUAUUCUGUGGUUCAGGCAAAGGUGUUGGUGGAAACGGCGCUACUGUUGGGCCGUCUUUAGGCACAGGGGAGAAACAAAGAUGACGAAGGCAUUGCAGAGUCUGGGAUGUGAUAAAAACGAAGAUCGGCAAGAAGCAAUAAAGUGUUUUAUAGAAACUAGUAGACUUUUGUUACAUAUAUUUUAUUAUGUAAUCGCCCAUAGAUUUGAUAUUAUAUUAACUAUUGUACAGUAUUUCCACAAUUCUUUACAGUCAGAAGCGACGCAGUAUUUGUGACAAGUCUGGCAAAUCAUUCCAGAUGAGAGCGCCAUAACACUUCAUAAUCACCGUACUUUCUUCAUAAAAUUAUUAGUAAUAGAAAAAAUACCGUUCUGUGAUAAAACGAUUCGGUUUUAGUGUAAUUUUAUAUAAACCAGCCACUUGGCGUAAAAUAACCCGCUUUGUACUUAAACUCAAAUAAAUAUUUUAUGCAA